CAGAUAGGAAAUAUAUACCGUCUGUUUCCCGGAAAUAGCCAUCGCUAAUCUGGUCCGUUGGAUUGUCUUAAUGUCCUUUUAAUUGCAUCUAAAGGCUGUGAUUAAAUUUUAUAAACUUACAAAACGGACACCACUUCUGAUCCUCGAAGAAACACGAAACCUAAAGAAAAAAAAAAGGCGAAAAAAAGACAGGAAAAAAAAAUGCACAGCGUCUUCUCCGCCGACGACUUCACCGACCCCUUCUGGCAGGCUACGACGCCGGCGCCAGAAAUCAACCGAAAUCAAUCUGAGUGGGACCUGGAGAGGUUCCUCCAGGAAUUCCCUUCCUCGGGUCCCUCCUCCGCCAGCAACAGCACGACCACAGUGCCGUCGCAAUCGCCCACGCCGCCGCCGCCGCCAACUACAAAGCCGGAGAAUUGCGACAGCGAUGUGAUGGAGAUCAGACAGCAGCCCCCGCAGCUCCAUCCUCAACCUCACCAUCUUCCUCAGCCGCUGGAUCACGCUCCCAUGGCUACAAUCGAUUCGGAAGAGUACCGGGCUUUUCUCAAGUCUCAGCUCGAUCUGGCUUGCGCCGCCGUGGCUAUGACCAGGACAACGGCUGUGAAGCCUCCUGAUUUUUCUCUUUCGCCUGAGAAUCAAGUUCCAGCUCCAUCUGCUAACAAUUUUCACUUGGGAUCACAACUUCCGGAUGAUGUUGAGCCACAGUUUAGCUUGUUUACAUAUCAUUGGCAUGAGACAGGUGCAUGUUUGAGCAAGUCAAUGGCACAGAGUGAGGCUGACCAUGGGUCACCUGGGAUUCCGUCGUUACCCACAAUACAAAAGAAACAAGAACUGCAAACUAAACAAACAACCAGUGGCUCUUCGAGAGAUGAUUCAGACGAUGAUGAUCUUGAAGGCGACACUGGAACCAAUGGAGGUCCUACUGAUGUGAAGCGCAUAAGGAGGAUGAAGUCAAACCGAGAAUCAGCUAGACGCUCCCGAAGAAGAAAACAAGAGCAACUCAGUGAACUUGAAACACAGGUAGGUCAGCUCAGGGAUGAACGCACUACUCUUUUGUCGAGACUCACUGAUGUGAAUCACAAGUGUGAUGAAGCCUCUGUUGACAACAGGGUCUUGAAGGCUAAUAUCGAAACAUUAAGGGCAAAGGUGAAGAUGGCUGAAGAACAGGUGAAGCGGGUGACAGGUUUGAACCCAUUGCUUCUGGCAAGGUCGAAUGCGGUAGUACCUAACAUGGGGAUGCAGCAUUACCCUGGCGGGGGCCAAGCAGACAUGGAUACGAACCAGUCCAUCCAUCGACCACUUCCAAAUAUGACUCCAGCUACACACAUGCAACCAAUAAACAACAGCAGCUUUGCCAAUAAAUACAGUGUCGGUUCCGUACCCGUCCCAGGUCCCCAUGCUCUGAACGGAAUUACCAACAUUGGUGGAAAUGGGUUGAACUCAACUUUGAUGCCGCACAUGCAGAAGCAAAUUGGUCCAGGUAUUGAUGCGGCAAACACCUCUGGACUUCCCCAUCUUGGAGUGCCCAAAGUUGACAAAAAGAAAUGAAAGAUGCUAUAGAUGGCAUUUUUCUGUGAAGUAAUCGGGAGUUAUUAACUUUGAAUUAAUUCUGUAUGCACCGACUGUCUGUGUAUCAUUUUCCUACAUUUUCAAUAUGCAAUAAUAAUAAAUCAUUUCUCAAUUUCCUAUGCCUUGAACUGCUGCUUACUUUUAUUCAUUUUAAGAAUCAUACGUU